CUGUGCGCGUUUUCUGACCAGCCCGUAGCUUUCGCCUUGGUGCUUUCAAGGCUAGCGAAAUCGCUAGCUCACGAGUCGCAUGAUUGGUUCUUCUAUGAAGAAUCUCUGCUAAAACUGGCCAAUUCGCUUUCGGGUUCGGCGGUUUCACUAGUGGAUAAAGUUCAUCGCACCUCGCCAAAUAAGGCUUAUCAACUGCUUUGUCAACCUUUAGAAGGAUUCCAUGGAGCAACGUUGUCCCAGCUUGCAUUUCAGGUGAGUUUCAGCUAA